AUGUCCUCCAAUGGGGUUUCUUCCGGUUCAAAAGAACUAUGGCGGCAUAGCUCUCCGCAGGACACGCAAAUAUAUGACUUCAUGAUGAAGUUGAACGCAGAGCACGGUCUGGCUUUGAAGAGCUACAAUGACCUUUGGCGUUGGAGUGUCUCGGAGCCUGCACUGUUCUGGGAGCAGAUAUGGCACUAUGCGGCGAUCAAGUCUCAUGAACCAUAUAGCCGUGUCCUAGAUGCUGAUCAGGACCUCUUCCCUAGACCCAACUUCUUCGAGGGAAGUAGACUGAAUUUCGCCGAGAACCUUCUCUACCCAGCUAGCGCGCUCGGCGAAAAUGAGGUGGCGAUAAUCGCUGCUACAGAGUCGGAACGAGAGUAUGUCUCGUGGAAAGAACUGCGUGAACGCGUCCGGCAAUGUGCCAACUCACUGAAGGAAGCAGGUUUACGGUCAGGGGAUCGUGUGGCAGGGUUUUUAGGCAACCAUGCCAAUACCGUUAUCGCUAUGCUGGCGACAACUUCCAUAGGAGCAUUCUGGACCGGCGUCUCUCCGGACACGGGUGUGCACGCAGUGUUAGAGCGUCUGAAGCAGAUAGAACCGAAGAUUCUAUUCGCUGACAAUGCCUCAUUAUAUAAUGGUAAAGUGCAUGGGGCAGAGGCCAAGAUCCGUCAAAUUGUCCCAGAACUGCCAAAUCUGGAGCUCCUUGUUGUAUUCGAGACAAUCAAGUCACAUCAGAUCAAUCUGGAGGAGCUUUCACCAGUUCAGGGAAAGGUAUCUACGUAUGAGUCUUUCCUCUCUGCCACCAGCAACCCUUCGGCUCCUCUCGAAUUUGCAAGCCUAGAGCCUGAUCACCCUGUCUAUAUAUUAUACUCUUCCGGUACGACAGGGGCACCUAAGCCUAUUGUUCAUGGAUCGCUUGGAACCUUGCUGCAGCAUAAGAAGGAACACAUGCUUCAUUGCGAUGUUCGCCCCGGAGACCGCUUGUUCUACUUUACUACUGUCACCUGGAUGAUGUGGCAUUGGCUGGUCUCUGGGCUUGCUAGUGGUGCCACCAUUGUUUUGUACGAUGGUUCCCCCUUUCGACCAUUUGACUUUGAAGGCGGAAACGGAGAGAUGGCCAUGCCACGUCUAAUUGAUGAAUUGAGGAUAACCCACUUUGGGACUUCAGCCAAGUACCUGUCUAUCUUGGAGCAGGCUUUCCUGAAUCCGCGAAAGCACCCCCACCGGCCGGUAACGCUGCAAACCCUGAGAGCGAUAUUUAGCACUGGCUCUCCGCUGGCGCCCUCCACAUUCGAAUACGUCUACUCAUCCAUUCACCCGGACAUUAUGCUGGGCUCAAUCACUGGUGGAACCGAUAUUCUGUCCUUGUUUUGUUCCUGCUGCCCUAUCUUGCCAGUUUACAAGGGUGAGAUUCAAUGUCGCAGCCUAGCCAUGGCCGUUUCUGUAUACGACUACGCUGGUAAUGAUAUUAGCGCCUCUGGCGAACCUGGCGAUCUCGUCUGUACAAAGCCGUUCCCUGCACAACCGGUUAUGUUCUGGCCACCUGGGGUUGUUGGUGCAGAGAAGUAUCGCAAGAGUUAUUUUGAUGUUUUUGGGCCAUCAGUCUGGCAUCAUGGAGACUUUGUGCGCUUGGAUCCUCAGACUGGAGGGGUGGUCAUGCUAGGUCGGAGUGAUGGCGUCCUGAAGCCGGCCGGAGUCAGGUUCGGAAGCGCAGAAAUCUACAAUAUUUUACUCAAACACUUUGCAGAGGAAGUGGAGGAUUCCUUGUGCAUCGGACGGAGGCGAGACGGAAUUGAUGCAGAUGAGACUGUCGUCCUUUUCGUGAAACUGGCCUCGCAGGAAAAGACCAUGCCUCAAGAGCUCGCGGCGCGUAUUCAAGCUACUAUCCGCAAGGAGCUCAGCCCUCUAUUGCGGGCAGUUGAGUCCGCGAAGCCGCUCGGCCGCGCCCCUCGUUCCGUUUCAAGGAGCUUCGCUACUGUCAACGAGUCCAAUUCUAAGGAUCCUGUUGAGCUCGACCAGAUCACCACCUUGCCGAAUGGAAUUCGUGUCGCUACUGAAUCUUUGCCGGGGCCCUUCUCUGGUGUUGGAGUUUACGUCGAUGCCGGUUCCCGAUACGAGGAUGAGAGCCUACGAGGAGUUAGCCACAUAAUGGAUCGACUAGCAUUCAAGUCGACUAAGAAACGGUCUAGCGACGAGAUGCUUGAAGUUCUUGAGGGCCUUGGAGGAAACAUUCAGUGUGCCUCUUCGCGAGAGUCGCUGAUGUACCAGUCCGCCAGUUUCAACUCGGCUGUCCCAACGACUCUGGGGCUUUUGGCUGAGACAAUUCGUGAUCCACUCAUCACAGAAGAGGAGGUGCUUCAGCAGCUGGGUACGGCUGAGUAUGAGAUUGGCGAGAUCUGGGCCAAGCCGGAGCUUAUUCUGCCAGAGUUAGUACAUAUGGCUGCCUACAAGGACAACACGUUGGGGAACCCUCUGUUAUGCCCGGAGGAACGACUAGGAGAGAUUAACAAGGCGGUUGUGGAUAAAUAUCGCGAAGUAUUCUUCAAACCUGACAGGAUGGUCGUUGCCUUCGCCGGUGUGCCGCACGAUGUAGCUGUCAAGCUCACGGAGCAGUACUUCGGUGACAUGCAGGGGCAAAAGUCGAACAAGGGUCCUGUUCUAUCGGGAACCGGCAUCGAAACUACUUUGUCGAACUCCAAGUCGGCCGUCGAAGAAGGGCAAGUGCCUACAAUUCCCCAAUUCACGCCGUCGUCCACCACAUCGACCACUCCUGCAUCCCCAAAGUCCGAGUCCAGUCUCCUUUCCAAACUUCCAUUUCUCAAAAACCUUUCCGGAUCGCAGAAUGGCUCCGUGUCACCAUUGGAUCCUUCCUUGGUAGAACCGUCAACGUUCAACUUGACACGUCCUUCGCAUUAUACUGGCGGUUUCCUCUCUCUCCCUCCAAUUCCCCCUCCGGCGAACCCCAUGCUUCCUCGCUUGAGCCAUAUCCAUCUCGCAUUUGAGGCUCUUCCCAUCUCCAACCCCGACAUCUAUGCUCUCGCGACCCUCCAGACACUGCUCGGUGGUGGUGGAUCAUUCUCCGCGGGCGGUCCUGGCAAGGGUAUGUACUCACGCCUUUACACCAACGUGCUGAACCAGCAUGGAUGGGUUGAGAGCUGUAUCGCUUUCAACCAUAGUUACACCGACAGCGGAAUCUUCGGAAUCUCUGCCUCGUGCAGUCCGACACGGACACCCGAGAUGCUUGAGGUCAUGUGCCGCGAACUGCAGGCACUGACACUUGACAACGGUUACUCUGCCUUGCAAGCCCAGGAAGUCAACCGUGCGAAGAAUCAACUCCGCUCCUCUCUUCUCAUGAACCUGGAGUCACGGAUGGUCGAAUUGGAGGACCUCGGACGCCAGGUUCAGGUACAUGGUCGGAAGGUCGGUGUCAAAGAGAUGUGCGAUCACAUCGAUGCAUUGACCGUGGAGGACCUGCGCCGCGUUGCCCGACAGGUUUUCGGCGGUAACGUCCAGAACAAGGGACAAGGCACCGGUAAGCCAACUGUGGUUCUGCAGGAAGGCGAACUGGAAGGAUACAAACUUCGCUCUUUCCCAUGGGAGGAGAUCCAAGAACGGAUCGCCAGAUGGAAACUGGGAAGAAGGUGA